CAAGAUGGCGGCGCUCGGGGCGGCGGUGCCGGUGCUGGCGCUGCUGGGGCUGGGCCUGGGCCCCGCGGCCGCCGCCACGCCUCUGGUGAUCUGGCACGGCAUGGGAGACAGCUGCUGCAAUCCGGUGAGCAUGGGCUACAUCCAAAAACUGGUGGAGAAAAAAAUACCCGGGAUUUACGUCCUGUCCCUCAAGAUCGGCAGCAACAUGAUCCAGGAUAUGGAGAACAGCUUCUUCAUGAACGUCAACGAUCAGGUGAGGGAGGUGUGCAGCCAGCUGGCCGCGGACCCUCGCCUGCAGGGAGGCUACAACGCCAUGGGCUUCUCCCAGGGAGGACAAUUCCUGAGGGCUGUGGCCCAGAGGUGCCCUGCUCCUCCCAUGCUCAGCCUCAUCUCCAUCGGGGGACAGCACCAAGGGGUGUACGGCUUCCCUCGCUGUCCCGGGGAGAGCUCCCACGUCUGCGACUGGAUCCGAAAAACCCUGGACCUGGGAGCCUACACCAAGGCCGUGCAGGAGCACCUGGUCCAAGCCGAGUACUGGCACGACCCGCUCAAGGAGGAGGAGUACAGGAGGAGCAGCAUCUUCUUGGCUGACAUCAAUCAGGAGAGGGGCAUCAACGAGACCUACAAGAAAAACCUGAUGGCUCUGAAGAAGUUUGUGAUGGUGAAAUUCCUCAAUGACACCAUGGUGGACCCCCCCAUCUCUGAGUGGUUUGGGUUCUACAAAAGUGGCCAAGCCAAGGAGACCGUCCCACUGCAGGAGACCUCGCUGUACAAAGAGGAUCGCCUGGGGCUGCAGCAGAUGGACAAGGCGGGGAAGUUGGUGUUCCUGGGGGUGAAGGGCGAUCACCUGCACUUCUCAGAAGAGUGGUUUGACAGCACCAUCCUCCCCUUCCUGCAGUGAGGCUCCCCCUGCGCAGGGGAACAGGAGGGGUUUGCCGGGAGGGAGUUCACUCCGGUCUGCCUCCAACACGCUCCAGCCUGGUGAUCCCAGCUCCGCUCCUGCUGUCCCUGGGGCUUGUUCUCCACCCCCGGCUCCUGCAGGACACACUGGCAGUAUUAACCCAACUCACAGGUGCAGGGAUCAGCAAGACUCUCAUGCCUGAAGGCAAGGGAAUCUUUAUAUCUUCGAGAUGGGGGAAAGGCCAAAUUUAGGGGUUUCUGGGGAAAAAAAAAAGAGGGUUUAGAAUUCAGCAGUAUUAACAGCUUGAACACUUUUCAACUAAUGGCUUAGUUUAUGUUCUUUUGUACAACUGAAAUCAAUAAAGAGCUUUCCAUCUAACCAACUGAAAAAAAGCUUGGACUGGGUGUGUUUGGAGGGGAGCUGAGGAAAACCUGGGAAAGUAUUGAAAGGAAACAGGCAGAGAGGGGCAUCCUGUCCUGCCUGAGCUCCUGUGUGUCCCCAAAAAGAG